GACAAACCAUGUUGUUUUUAACCAUAAUUCUUUCUAGAUAAAUUAUACAAGAAUAGUAAAACUUCAAUUUCUAGAUUUAAAUAUCAAUAUAAAUAAACAUAAAUGAUGGGUUGGUGUUUUCUAUACUUUUUAGACUUGUAAAUUUCAAUUGGUCAUGGAUCUUAAUGGGCCGUCUUAUUUAUUAUUAAGCCCAUAUUUAAACAAUUGAUUCGCAAGAGUUUUAUAUUGGGCCACGACAAGGCAUAUGUUCAUCCACGUGGGAUGCGAUGGUUGGUCGAGGCAGCAAAUCCCACGCGGGAUACCACUCCGCCGCAUGAACAGCAAUACGGCUUGCCUUCGAGGGGGGACAUUUCCCACGACCUGAGCAAUAGGGCUUUCUGAGUUCGUGUCUUUGGUACUUGUUGGAUAGAUUCUUUUUUUGAUUGAAGGCUUCGAGGUUGCGCAGAUGGAUGACAUGAAAGAUAAGCUAAAGGGUUUCAUGAAAAAAGUCAAUCUGUCUUCUUCCUCCGGCAAAUUCAAAGGCCAAGGUCGAGUUCUCGGUUCUUCUACCUCCGGACCCGGUGGCCCGAUUCAGUCCAGGUAUAACCCCACCCAAGCUCCGAAUCCUAGACCCAAGCCCACUCCUUCUCCAACGUCUUCCUCUGUAGUUUCGUCGAAUUCGGCAUCGGCACCUUUGCCUGAGAAGACCCUAAUCACCGAUCAACAGAAACCCGGAUCUCCCAGAUACACCGAUCCGGAUCCGGAUCGCAAGCCGCAGGACGGGUUUGACCCUUAUGGCUCCCUUAUCACGUCUUCGAAGAGAUCUCAAAAUGGGUAUUCACUGAAUACGUUCGAGUGCCCGAUCUGUGGAAGUUCUUUCACGUCGGAGGAAGAUGUGUCUGUUCACGUGGAAAACUGUCUCAUCAGUGGCAAUGGAGACAACUGUUCGUCUGUGAACGAGGGUAGCGCGAAUGAGAACAACGCGAAUGAGAACAAGUCCGAGGUUCAGAAUCUCGUCGCGGUCUAUCUAUCCAGCAAGCCGCCGGAGAGCGCGGUUGAUGUGGUUCUUAGACUGCUGAAGAACAUUGUGAAAGAACCCGAGAUUGCCAAGUUCAGGAAGAUUAGAUUAAGCAAUCCUAAGAUUAAGGAAGCCAUAGGGGAAGUACCCGGAGGGAUUGAGCUUCUCGAGUUUGUCGGAUUCGAGUUGAAAGAGGAAGCUGGAGAGAUGUGUGCGGUGAUGGAGGUUCCGGACGAUGACCGUGUACAGUUGGUCAAUAAGGUUGUCGGAUUACUGGAACAAAGAAAGGUAGAGGUGUCUAAGAAGGAUGAGAAUUCUGAAUCUUCAGCUCCGGUUGUUGUUGCAGAGGUUCCUGCGAAGCCGAAGAAUAUCGAUAGACAGAUUCGGGUUUUCUUCUCGGUGCCUGAAAGUGUAGCAGCGAGAAUAGAGCUGCCGGAUUCGUUCUACAGCCUCUCAGCCGAAGAAGUGAAGAGGGAAGCAGAGAUGAGGAGGAAAAAAAUGGCAGAAUCCCAGCUGUUGAUCCCCAAGUCGUUCAAGGAAAAGCAGGCAAAAGCGGCUAGAAAGAGAUAUAAGAGAACCAUAAUCAGAGUUCAAUUCCCUGAUGGGGUGGUCCUUCAAGGCGUUUUUGCUCCAUGGGAGCCCACUACGGCCCUCUACGAGUUUGUGAGCUCGGCUCUGAAGGAACCCAGUUUGCAGUUCGAGCUUCUGGACCCUGUCCUGGUGAGGAGGCGCGUGAUUCCCCAUUCCACUCCGCAUGGACAGAACCCAAGAACCUUAGAAGACGAAGAGUUGGUUCCGGCUGCUUUGAUCAAGUUCAGGCCGAUGGAGACCGACUCUCUUCUAUUCACAGGUCUCUCGAAUGAGCUCCUUGAGAUCAGCGAACCCCUCGGCAGUAAUUCAGCCUGAGGCGAAACGUUGCCUAUUACUGACAUCAUUUCAAGUGUUUGAUGCAUUGUUACACUGUAAAUAAGUGGAACUCGGAAGGACAUAUUGUCAGCUCUGGUUUGGUGAUUGUAUGCCCAUCUCUCCCUGUCUUUUUUCACCUUGAAACGUUCAUCAUUUAAAGUGAAGAGAUUUGAUCCC